AUGUCUUCCGUUCAGGCCGACAACGCAGCGCAUCGCGAGUCUCUUUUCGCUCUCACUGCGGAGCGAGCCUCCGUUGAUGAGGUUGUGCGCGAAAGACUCCGGGUCACGUCGAUCCACGGUCCCCGUCCUGCGGUCGCGUUUGCGCCCGCCAUCGCUCACCACGGCUUCCGGCGCCGCUCUCCUGGUUCUUUCGGCUAUCGACGACUGUCCCUUCCUUUGGACCUCGGCCACUACGAGUACUCCCUCGCUUCGCCCCAGCACCUGCUCUGGGAAGUCCGGCCGGCCAACUUGGCCGCCGAAGGCGAGGAACCUCGUUAUUUCCACCGUGUGUGCAACGGCCAUGCGACCUCCGCGGAGCCCGGGGAGGUUAACUGGAUGCUGGCUAACCUGAGCCAGCCUCCUCUUCGACUGCGCCGCUCGGUUUGCAACGAGGAGAAUUCUCGGCCUCGGCCCGUGGCUUUCUGGCUUAUACUAUUGACCCGGGAUGGCGUCGACAUUCCAACGGCGGCUCCUUGGGUGGAGGCAGAGGGACCGGCGUCCCGUGGCGACUCCGAUUCGGAGCCCGAGUCGGAUGGCGAUUCGGAUAAGGAGAUGGGCUGGAACGGUCCCCUUACCCGUGUGGAGUAUAUGGACCAGCGGGGCCAGCGGUGGGUGUGCAUGGUCCGUCCCAACGGUACCAACGCGUCGGUGGCGCCCGUGGCGGACAUUUCGGAAGAGGUAGCGGAGGGGGAGGGAGAGAGUGUGAUGACCCUUCCUCUUCCGAGGUCUGGUCUUCUGAUGCCGAAUGAUGGUGGACAACCCACGUUGUUAUGUACUUUACCUCGCCUGUUCUGCUGGAGGUCAUCCCACUUGCGCGCACACGCCGAGCAUCUAGCGGUUGACACCUCGCGAUUUGGGCCAGAGCAGCCAGUACGCCCUGGCGAGGCAAACAACUCGGCCAGCUCCGCGCCUGCAACCUUCUACAGAGCCGCACAGAGACCUGACUCGCGAGUACCGGACAAGAAUGCCGACGACAUCUAA